AUGCAGUUGCUUCAAUCCUCCUACUCAGAGGUCUUGCGCACCAACAGCGCAUACAUAAUCGGAUUCGUUAUCAUUGGCUUGGUGGCACUCCUCAUCUCUUGGGCAUAUGGCACAGAUAUCAAACGAAUCAAGGGCAUACCCGAAGCUCCCGGAGCGAUACCUAUAUUCGGUCAUCUGCUCAAACUCGGAGAAGAUCACGCUUCUUCGUGUGAAAAUUGGUGGCGCCAAAACAAUGAGCCAGUUUUCCAAAUCAAGUUGGGUAAUACGCGAGCCGUGGUAUUCAAUUCGUUCGAGGCUUGCCGCGAUAUCUUGGUCAAGCACCACAACGCAGUGAUAGAUCGUCCUAAGCUCUACACUUUCCAUGGAGUCAUCAGCAGCACACAAGGCUUCACGAUAGGGAGCAGUCCUUGGGAUGCUAGUUGCAAAAACAAACGCAAGGCAGCUGGAACCGCUCUUUCCAGACCAGCCAUGCGCAACUACCAUCCCAUGUUUGAUCUGGAGAGUUUCUGCAUCGUGAGAGAUAUGCACAAAGACAGCAACUUUUCAGACCCGUCUGUGGAAAUCAGCAUCCGACCUUACAUCCAAAGAUUUGCUCUCAACACGACGCUGACGCUUUGUUACGGAAUUCGCAUGGACGAUACUUACGACGAUCUUCUUCGUGAGAUCCUGCAUGUAGGAUCAGCCAUUUCCCUUCUACGAAGCGCAUCGGAGAACAUGCAGGAUUAUGUGCCAGCACUUCGAUAUCUUCCAAACAACGAGAAAGAUGCCCGUUCUAAAGAUCUCCGGUCGCGUCGCGACGCAUACCUCAACCUUCUACUCGACAAAGUGCGUGAGAUGAUCAAGAAUGGCACGGAUAAGCCAUGCAUCAGCGCAGCUAUCUUGAAGGACGAAGAGACCAAGUUGACCGGAGUCGAAGUAUCUUCGAUCUGCUUAUCGUUGGUCAGUGGUGGAUUCGAAACCAUCCCCGGAACCUUGACCUCCUGCUUAGGAUCGCUUUGCACACCGGAGGGACAAAUCUUCCAAAAGCGCGCUUAUGCCGACAUCGAGCGUCACUAUCCGGACAUUCGCGAUGCCUGGCAGAACAGCUUCCAGGAGGAGAAGGUGCCGUAUCUCAAGGCAAUCAUUCAGGAAGCCGGUCGAUACUACACCGUGAGCUCUAUGAGUCUGCCACGCCGAACCGUGACCGAAGUGAACUGGAACGGCGCCAUAAUUCCACCCAAGACGAUGAUCCUUGUGAAUGCACAAGCUGGCAACCACGACGUAGACCAUUUCGGUCCCGAUGCUGGAGUGUUCAAUCCUGAACGCUGGCUCGAGCCUAUUACAAAGGAAAACGACACGGGUCCUUUCCAGGAAAGAGUUCUCACAUCUCAAGCUCAUUUGUCGUUCGGGGCUGGUACUCGAGCUUGCAGUGGCCAGCUCAUUGCCACCCGUCUACUGUAUGCCGCCCUCAUCCGCAUCCUGUCUUCUUACCAGAUCGUUGCGUCUGAGUCCGAGCCUCCAAACACAGACUACGUGGACUACAAUCAAUUCAAGACCGCACUGGUCGCUAUACCGCGAGACUUCAAAGUCAGACUUAUCCCCCGCGAUAAACAGGUUAUGGAGGAAUGCAUGCAGUCGGCGUUUGAACGGACGAAGGAGCAUUAUAGGGAAGACAUCAAAUCUGUGUAA